AUGACCACAUCGAGCUACAAUCGCGAUAUGACCACCAAAGAACAUUACCAAAACGCUCCCGGAAGCAAUAGCUGCAAGGAAUCGAAGUACAUUCCAGCUGGAUGGAGAACAAAACCAACGAUGGAUGUUGUCGAACAAAACAACACUCUGUGUAAAAAGUAUGCCUGUGGUGACUGUGGCUUAGUUAUGUGCGAUACACUGCAAGAAAUCAAACAGCACAUGAUGGAGGAACAUGGCUUAGUUAACCAGAAAAAGUAUGCAUUCCCUGUAAUCGAAGACGAAGACGAACAGGAAUUCUCUGCCCCGGGCACAGACACCUCCCCUAGCAGCAUACCGUCAGCAUCGUCUAGUACGUCGAGCAGUAAGAAUCGAUCUUCAUCUCCCAGUGCAUCAUCCUGCGAAGAAGAGCCAAGCAAAACCGACUUGCUAAAUCGAAAAAAUACUCCACGAACAAGGAGAAAAAAAAUUCAACCAGAAGGAAGUCCACCACCAAGCGAAGAAGAUGAGCCGGAAGACGAUUUUUUACAGUCGGUCACACUGAAAUCACUGACCGAGAAGUUUCUGUACGAAAAACCGCACAAAUGCUCCCGGAAAGGUUGCCAGUACAAAUUCGCGUCGUUUGAUAUCCGUGAUCAACAUUUACGUUGCCACGCGGAAAGUGAUUACAUACCGGAAUCGUCCGAGGGCAGCUCGAAAACGAGCGUUCCACGUAAACGGUUCAGCUUCAAGUGCAGCCAGUGUGACAAUAAGUUUGAUUCUUGGAAACCAUGCCUGUUGCACGUGUGGCGGGAACAUCAAAUCGAUCUGGGUAUGUUGCGAUGUCCUAUGUGCGAAAAACGUUACGUCUACACGGUGCAUGUGUUUAAGCACCUGCAAACGCACCGCCAAAGGAAAACGCUCGAUGUUCCGUGCCGGGUGUGUGGUAAAAAGUUUCUCAACACAUCACAACGCUCAGUACACGAGGCGUUGCAUCGCAAAAAGGAGUCCCACGAGGAGGAAGAUGAGCUGGAGGAGAACGAAAAACCACGCUGGUACUCGGAACGGAGGUGCGACAUUUGCAAGCACAUGUUUUCCAACUCGAAAAUCCUGUCGAAGCACAUCAAAACGGUACAUUUGAAGAUAAAACCGUUCGUGUGUAACGUUUGCGGGUAUAAAUGUGCCCGAAAAGCGACCUUAAACAUUCACAUCCGGCAGCAUUCGGGGCUAAAACCGUUGGCCUGCAAAAGCUGCACCUUCCGGACGGCGGAUCCAAGCGCACUCAGCUACCACGAACGGCGGCAUCGGAACGAAAAAGCUUAUCAGUGCAAAACUUGCGGCAUUAGGCUGGUACAACCGAAUGCCCUGCGCGGUCACAUACAAACUCAACACCCUCAGGAGUACCAGCGGAUGAAAUGUACCCUUUGCGAUUAUGCAUCGAUUAAUGCACAGAAUUUAAAACGACACCAGGCGAAUCAUAAAGCCGGUUUGAUAAAGACGAACGAUGAAGAUUCACAGAUGGAUUGUGAUAACGAUCGGCGGGAGCAUAGCCAUCGGGCGCAGCAUGGUAUGGGCGCAACGGGCAACGAACGACAGCCGGCCAAUGCUCCGGAAAUUUCGUUCGAUUGCUUUCUACCGCUUGAGAGUGUUGAUUCCGUGGUGCAUGAUACCGGUGGCAUUACGAUUCCGGCUGCAGUCGUUACCGUACCGGCAGCACUGUCGGAAGAGACGCAGUUCCCGAUUUAAG